AUGUCUACCCUCCAGCCCCACAAUGCUGAUUUCCAUCCCCAUUCUUCGCGCCUUGCAGAAAGCUACGUGAUACCCACUAGCGUCUUUCUCCGUACGAUUCAGGAGCUCGAUUCGCGACUUCAGAAUGCACAGCACCAAGUCUGGCUCAACACAGUUGAAAAUGUAAAACUGCGAGAACAGCUGGGCAGAUUGACGCAUGAGAAGGAGAAGCUCCAGCGCGAGCUAGAAGUACAAGAACAGGUUAUCAACACGCAGCAAAGGCUUAUCUCGGUUUUGGAGACAUAUCAAGCGGAAAAUCCUACGGGUCUACAGUCACUCAUCAACUCUAACAACACUGUAUCCAGAGUUGAACUCCCUGAUUGCGAGACCCCACCAUCGCAGCUCCCGAUAUCAGUAUCACCACCCUUUCUUAUGCCCGAAUCGUCAACACUGUCAGCAGUACAAUCCUCGUGGGGGAACAGCGAAAUGGGGUUGACGGAAUUGGAGGAGGCAGUAGCGCAGAGCGCUGGCAGCCACGGUAAGAGAAAAGCGCAGACGGAGGAGGGCAGGGAUAACAAGCGACAGAAAGUAUAA